GUUUUGGAGUAAAGAAUUGAAAUGUUUAUCAAGUCAUUGUUUAGCGGGACUUUUUGAGGCUGCCAUAUUGCUUCACCGAUCAGAAAAUUGGGUAACCAUAGUACCUGAUCCUAUAUAUGAUACUUACACAACUGUGAACUCUGUUUGGCUUGCUUGGAUUAGCAAUACAAUCGCCGAGUUGCGAAGAUAUAUGAGAGUGAUAUCAGAAGUGGUAAUGGACCACGAGGACAGACCUCGCGGCAUGGAUGUGGAUCAGGAUGAACUACAUUCGUUCAUGAAUGAAAAAUUGGACAAGCCGGAAAUUCUGUGGGAGAUCAAACGAGUAAGCAUUCUCAUUCCCAUCUUUGAAUCCAUUCAGGCCCACUUGUCUUCUUAGCUGAGGUAGCUGUAUCGUUAAAUCCGUGAAAGCUAUUCACAGUGAAGAAUAAUCUGUGGCCAAAGAAGACAGUCAGAACCAUUCAGCAGUCGCUAACAAAGACAUUAGAGAUCUGAUGGGUACAUGGAAGACAGCCCGUUCGAACGACUUAUUUUGGACCUGGUGUGCAGAGAAUAUGAGUUUGAGGAUGCUCUGGUUGAAGAUCACGCUGAAGACAUACUUGUCGAUAAACAAGUUGCGGGUCUAGAUAUCAGAGAUCUCACUAACCAAUUCUCAUGGAUUAAUCCUGAAUUUUUCCUCCUGCCUAAGAUACAAGCCGAAAUGGGUAUUCAGGAGCACCGAGUUCGUAACCUAUUACGAAGGGUCCAGAAGUAUACUAGACCUCGUUAUGGCCACCGUCUUUUCACAGAUUGGCAGGGAACUCGACCCUGGUAAGUUUAUAAAUCAUCGGGAAUUGGGUUGAGCGAAGACUGUAGAGAUACUGAUUAUAUCCAAGGGCCAAAUUAUACCAGCUUUACAAUACCGAGGGUGAAAAUGAAUGGGCGGCCGACGGAAUCAGAACGUUCAGAGAAACCACACUUCAGAACGCAGAUGAUGAAACUCCUGGGCAUCUUUUCGAGUGGUUGAAUCCUAAGCCAACAGAACCAAGAAGAAAAGCUGGGAAGGUGUUGGGUAUGCACCCCAUUGAUUAUUCAGAGCAGCAAAGAAUCCACGCCGCUGGUGGCGAGACUCAUUUCCCCGUACUUUCGGCCUGUGGAGUAUGUAUAGAAGAGUCCAAAGGCGGGUUUACCUUUGAAAAUACCGUUGCUCUCCUUCCUUGUGGACAUCUGCAUCAUCUCAAAUGCAUUUUUGAGUUCUGGGAUAUGCCUGGAAAGUACCUUCACACCGUGAGUAAAUGUGUAUUCUAUUCUGUCCCAAAAGUCCCCCCACCCCCGUCGAUUCAAACCCGACCAAUAACUGACUUGGUCCUCGUUCUAUAGUGUCCAACUUGUGGAUCCGCACCCAAGCUUAAUUGGCAAAGGGUUGGUCUGGAUGUGAAUAAAGGAAAUAUAAGACUUGACAAUCAGUUUGUCCACAACCUCGAAGGCUACGAAGCGGAGAAUGCCACCGCAUACGCAAAUUCCCUCAAUCAGGCCCGACGUGCCCUUUGCGAUGUCCCACCAAUGGGGUCCUCAAGAAGGGCUGAUAUGCUAGAAGAAGGCCCAAGCAGGUACUGGCUCCAUGAGAACACGAAUGCACUCCUUUACACGACCCAACGAUUGGAUCCGAGCAUUCCAACUUGGCAUCCAAGUAAAUUGGGACAACUGGGAAGAUCGGGACGCUUCCUAGAAUCGACUUCUCGUCGCAGUUUCCAGCUACGAGACGCUGGUAGCUAUGCGACUGGCGGCGGGGUGUUGGAGGGGUAUGUGGAUGAAGAAGCACCAGGUCUCAGUGAAGCUCAAAGGCGCCAGCGCAGGAUGCGAAAUUCAAAUGUCUGGGAGCGUCAAGUAAGACAAAUGCGAGAAGAACGCUUGAUAGAAAUAGGGGAUAGUUGGGUGGCUGGUAGAAGGAGGCGUCCAAGAGAUGAUGGUACCUGGGAAAACGUAUCAAUGCCACAGAAUGACAUAAGGAAUGAAGAGAUUGUUGAGCGCUCUAGGAUGCGUGAACGAUUCAGAGUGACGAGCCUGACUGGUCCGGACCCUGCAGAGGUAGACUACUUUGUUCUUCCUGGAGCGCGAUUCCCUCCGGAGCAGGAGAGUGCAUUCUUGAGGAGGAUAAGAAGACAAAAGAAUGCAGCAGCUAGGCAGAAGGCGAGAGUGGAGAGGAAGGGUCUAUUUGGGUUAUAUUCUAAAGUGUGA